AUGUCAUCAUCCCCUGAUACAGACACCCAAACCACCGCUUCCCAUCCGAAGAAGCGCCGAAUCCGCACUGAUGCGCAAUUAGAACAAAAGCGAGCGCGAGAUAGGAAAUCUCAACGCCUCUCUCGUGCGAAGAAUCGAGUGCGUAUCGAGCAAAUGGAAGCGGAUUUAUCGAGUUUGAAGUCUAGACAUGAGUCUUUACUCGCUGCGGCAGAAAAGAUUGGGAUAAAUACUUCUCUUGUGCUGUCUUUGGCAGGGGAGGCUAUAUCUUCUUCGGCUAUUACACCAAAUAGCGCGCAUAUAUCGUCUAUGGAGAAUGCUAUUACGGCCUUUACGAAUAUUGACCCUAUGAGCUUGGAUGAUGUUGAGUUUCAUCAAUGUAGGACCGAAAUGGGUUCUCAGAUUGGUAGUGAAAUCUCAGACGACGGGGUUCAUCAGAAUGGUCUUCCGUCGACGGCGAAUAACUCCCCAGUGGACAAAUUUCCUACUGGAUUCAAUACCGUAGCAAAUACCGCCUCACUAGCCCCAGAACUUCCACCAAACGAUCCUAUAACAAACGUCCCAAAUACCACACUAUCACUAGCGACACAAGGAAUAUCGAGUGCAAUAGACCUAUGCGAAACACUCCUUCAACAUACCGUAGAAUCUCCAGCCGCACAUCUAGCACCACCCGAUGCCGACGGAGAACUCGAUCUAUUCGACCACUCCCCGGAAUACGAGGAACCGCCCACCCCAAUCCGAACAAAAACAGUUCCCGAUUGUCUAUGCGGCAUCGAUGACCAACAUAAUCACGCACUUCACUGUAUCAACCACAAAGUCGUUAAUCUCAUUGUAAACACACAUGCAGCAAUUGCAGCUGGAAUGCGAAAGGCAUUAACAUUCCCUCGCUCGCCAUCGAUACCAAACCUUUUACUUCUAGAUCUGGAUUCAAAUCCUCUCACUAGUAUUGUUGGAAGGGCGCUGUUGAAUAGCAGCCCAGCGCAGUUGGCCGAUAGUGUGGCAACUUAUUUUAUUGUUUAUCGACUACUGAGAUGGCGCAUAUGCCCGACCCCAGAAACAUACUAUGACCUCCCAGAAUGGUACCGUCCCUCCGAACUCCAAAAAACCUGGCCACACCCUCUCUGCAUCGACCUACUAGCUUGGCCGAAAUUACGAAAUGGAAUCAUCCCGAUUUAUGAACAGCUUGAUAAGCUGAGAUUGAGUAGGGAUAUCACAGAAUCUAUUACGGUGGGGUGGCCGGAGGCGGAACCGUUGCUGGUUAAGGAUUUUAGAACGAAUUCUGCGGUGUUAAAUCCGAAGUUUGAAGAACAUAUAUGGAAGUUUUCGAAUUGGAGGAUGGGUCCGUUAUGGGCUUUGAGGCAGCCGAGGUUUGUGGGGUUUGUUAAUAUGGUUGAGAGUUAUUGA